AUGGCGCUGAACAGCUGCUUCCGCGCGUUACCCCUCCUCUCGGCCCUUGUCGCGCUCCUCAGCGCGAGCCCUCUAUCAGUCAACGCCGCGCCUCGCCGCACGGCCGCGCUCAGUGAAGGCGGACCCGAGGGCUUCCAAGAAUUGGGAUUCUACGACGUUCGGCAUGGUGGGGGCAGGUGGCUGACGGUGAGUGCACUUGCUUGAGGCCGUGCCCAUGAACCCCAGCUCCAGUCUCCAGACAGCCUGUAGUGACGGCAAGGUGGCACUCUACGAACGCCGAACGCGGCGCACAGGCCGUUCGCAUGAGACACUCUGGAGAGGGUCCGAACUCGGGCUGUGCUUCUCAUACACUCAGACGGACGCUGAUCCAUGUACUCGAUCCGCAAAUAGUACGCGGCCCAUAACGGCACUCUCGGCGAACCCAUGAACAUCGUCGUCUCCAACAAGUCGCAUCCUUACAUCUUAACUGAAGCCGGCUUCCAAGAUUGGUGCUUGUCGAUUCAAUAUGCGAAACAGUUCCUGGAUAUCACGCUCGGUGGGAAGCAACAGGCCGAUCUCGGCGAUGGGAACGGACCACGUGAGUGCGGCCGGGUCGUUCGGACGUCGUAAGGUGUCAAUCAGAGGCUCCCAGAGCCGGGACCUCUUGCAUUCCCCAGCUAUGCUAAUGUUUCUUGGUACGAUUAGAUAAUCAAACCAACCUGCUUCGAUACGAUUACUUUGACCUCAAGCUUGGCACGCUGAACGAGACCUUGAUGGGUGGUUCGCAUCUCCGUUACUGGCAACAGAACGGACCCAAGGCAAACUCCAGUGCUUGGUUCCUCGCCGCCUCGGUCGAAAAGUCGCUUGCAGAGCACCACAUGAUCGUCCCCAACGGAUACGAUCGUGGUCGGGACGAAUUCGUAGGCAACGCAACGGCGAGCAACGGAACGGUCUCUCCUGUCUCCCACAUAAGGUUUUCCGCGACGAGUCGAAAGCACCGGUUCUUACGCGCCCACUCGAGACAUGGAAUCAACCACGCCAUCCCUACCGACGGUGAUGUGGCGAUAGUGACCGUGAAAGUGAUCGGGAAUGAGAAGGGUAAAGGGGGCCUGGCUUCCAAGCGCACGUAG